AUGCAGUUGAAUUUCGAAGAAGAUGCUGAUUCAUUUAUGAAAAAUCAAAAGUCAAGUGUUAUUACUAAACCUAUGUCAACCAGUUCAAAUAAACAAUCGACUAAAUCCAUGGAUAUCGAAAACAAUCAACAACAAACAAGCGAAGAAAUAGUUACUUCGAUUGAAAAUUCAUUGGUAGAACACAAUGAUAAGGAAAUGAAAGAAAAUGAAAUAAUUAUUUACGAAUUUCAUUUUCCUGUGGAUCUAUGCGGUCGUUUGAUUGGCCGACAAGGUGUUCAUGUUGAUUACAUUCGUCAAAUAACUCAGGUCGAUUUAGUUGUACGUGAUGAUGCGGUUUCCUACGAAAAGCAAGUGGUUGCUUUACAUGGUCGACGCGUCGAUGUCGAACGAGCAAUUGAAUUAAUAGCCAAACGUUUUCCAUCUGAUCGAUAUCCUCAAGUUUCGUUUAGUCCUAUUAAUAAAAAAAUUAUUCUACGACAACGUGCGCCGGAAUGUGUACCAAUUCCAACGUCUGCUGCUCAACUCUAUUUACCUGAUGGAAUUCCAACUGAAGUUCUUGUUACCAGUGUUGUUUCAUGCAAUCACAUCUUUGUGCAACAAAUCCUGCAUCCAUCAUAUCCGGAACUGACACGUUUGGAUAAUUCGAUGUCAGUCUUCUAUCAUCAUACGGAAAUGACGCCACUCUUGCCCCGACCUGUUCAACCCGGAGUGAUCUGCGCAGCACCAACGCAAGCGGGCUGGUUUCGGGCUUUGAUUACGGUGUAUAACAGUAAUGAUGAUAUGGCAUUAAUCAAAUUUUUGGAUUAUGGCGGCUAUCUGUACGUGAAUGCAGGUUCUUUACGUGUUCUCAGACAAGACUUUAUGAUCAUUCCAUUCCAAGCAGCAGAAGUGUAUUUGGACAACGUCGUACCACCCGAUAAUCAAGAGGAUUUUACACCGGAAUCAAUUGAACUGGUUAAACCGAUCAUACUUGGUUCUUCAUUCAAAGCGAUUGUGACUGGAUAUCAUUAUGAUAACACUCCAUUCAUCCAAUUAACCAAACGUCAUGGCAAUUCACGACCAGUCAAUGCUGAUAUCCAGAAGAUGAUUAACAGUCAACAACAACAACAACAAACACCAUUGGCAGUCAAUGCAACAGUAGCAAAUACGUCUCUUUCAUCGUUACCUAAUCAAUUCGAACAGUCUGUAUCGGAUGUGUCAACUAUGUCGUCAACGUCCAAUUCUGAUAGUUGA